GCAUGAGCAGCUAUCUAGUCACAUUCCACAGUGAGGAGACCACAGGUAAGCAGCGAGAGAGAGAGAGAGAAAGAAAGAAAGAAAGCACAGAAGACAUCAUGAAUACACCCCAAUACUGCCUUCUGAUGUUGCUUAUCUACUCGGGUGGACCCAAUGCAGGAGCUCUGAAUGGUAUUAGCCCGUUCAUAAGGCAUUACGAAGGCUUGUCUUAUGAUCGUGAGGCAUUAGACAGGAGACACCGGCGCGCCAAACGAGAGACCCAGCCUCAGGACCAGACACUGCAGCUGGACUUCAGAGCUUUUCUCAGGACCUUCCGGUUGCGUUUGAGGCGAGACACGACGGGAUUCACAGAGCCUUUUGAAGUCUUCUCUGAAAAUAUAUCAAGCACAGCAGACCUCUCCCAUCUAUAUUCUGGAGAACUUGAAGAUGAGAAGGGAUCUUCCUGUCACGGCUCGGUCAUCCAGGGCCAGUUUGAGGGUUCUGUCCUCACAGCCAAUGGGACGUAUUACAUGGAGCCUGUCCACAGAUACACCAGCCAGCCCACACAACACCACUCCAUCAUCUACCAUGAGGACGACAUGGAUGCUACUCCCAUGGAAAGCAGACAUGACGGGUUCUGUGGUGCAGAACGUCUGCAGCGCCUUGCCCAAAGCCUCAGACCCAAUCAGGACGUUCCAGUGUUCAGGUCGAAGAGAACAUUGGACCAGUCUAAAACCAGCUGUCUACUCCACCUCCAUGCUGACCACUUCUACUACAGGAAGUUCAAGAGUGUCGAGGCUGUUGUGGCUCAGGUUGCCUCCUACGUGAGAGCGGUGAAUGAUAUUUAUGACAAGGCCGACUUUGACGGUCUCAAGCUAAUCAACUUCAAAGUGAAAUCACUCAGUGUCAUGAGAGAGGAGGAUGAGACCAACCCCCUGAAUCGGCCCUUCCUCGGCCCAGAAAAGCUGCUCAGUCUGUUCUCUGAGAGUAACUGGGGAAACUACUGUCUGUCCUACCUGCUGACCAACAGGGACUACAGUGGAGUGUUGGGGCUGGCAUGGGAGGGCAAGACAGGAAACUGGGGAGGGAUUUGUUCGCGACACACUCUCAUGCGGGAUGGUAGCAACGCCAGUCUGAACACGGGCCUGAUCACGCUGCAGAACUACGGCCAGUACCUGCCCCCCCAACACGUUCAGCUCACCCUGGCCCAUGAACUGGGCCACAGCCUGGGCGCCCCUCAUGAUGAAGGUUUGGAUUGUGGGAACCUGGGUUCUUCUGGAGGGAAAGGCAGGUUCUUGAUGUUCCCUCACGCUACCAAUGAGGUCCGGGAGAACAACGAUAAGUUCUCUCCCUGCAGCAUCAAGCAUAUCAGCCGAGUCCUGAAAGUCAAGAAGGAUGACUGCUUUGUGGUCAGUGAUCAGCCCAUCUGUGGGAAUCAGAUUGUGGAGGAGGGGGAGGAGUGUGACGUGGGCCACAACGAGACAGACCUCUGCUGCCACAGCGCCAAGGAAUCUGUGGGCAUCCAGUGUCGCCUGAAACCUGGCAAGAAGUGCAGUCCCAGUCAGGGUCUGUGCUGUGGGCCAGCGUGUGUCUUGAAACCGUCAGGGGUCAGCUGUGAGGAGGAGUCAGACUGUCAGCUGGAGAGUAUUUGCUCUGGUCUCUCCCCCAUCUGCCCCGAGCCUGUGUCCAAGGCCAACAUGACCAUAUGCAGUCUGGGCACCCGGGUGUGUCUCAACGGGAACUGUGCUAAAUCACUGUGUGUGAGGUACGGCCUGGAGCAGUGUGACUGUCUGGGAGAGUCCAAAAACGAAAAGUGCCACAUGUGCUGUCAACAGCCGGACAAGCCUGCAACCUGCGCCAGCACCACAUCCUCUGUCUUGACCAGGCAUUUCCAGGGAAAGCGUGUAGCCUUGGUUGCCGGGGCACCGUGUUCAGCCAAGCAGGGCUACUGCGACAUGUUCCAGGUGUGUCGCAUCCUGGACGCUGAUGGGCCCAUCGCCAGGCUGAAGAACUCCUUUCUCCACCUGGUAGACCUGGAUGAGUUUGAUGACCUGGCUGAGUGGAUAAAGACUCACUGGUGGGCCAUUCUCUUGGUCAUCAUGACUCUGUCUGCCGUGAUGGUCAGCACCGUGUGCCUGUGUGGACGUACCCUGGACAUGGGUGACCCAGAGUAACCACUGUAGCUCCAACAGUGGCAGUUGGUGCCAUUCAAGAUUAGGGAGAGCGACAAUUUUUUUUAUGAGCAUGGCCUUAUUUCGAUUACAGCAUAUUGGAUGACUGCCAUUCAUAUUCCCUUCACCCAGCUCAAUGUAACAUCGAUAGGCUUAGGCUACUACAUGAUACUCGAAUUGGCCCUAUACCCAUCAUGAGGUUGCUACAACCUAGCCUACAAUUGAUCGUUUAUAACGUAGGUGCACAGGUCUAGAAACACAUUGGAGUAAUCACAUUCACAUUCAAUUCUGCCUUGCACACUCUUGCCUGUAUCUAUCUGAUCUGGGGUGUAAUCAUUAGCCCAAGCAGUUAGAAGACGUUCAGUUUUGCAACUAAACCUAUAGUUUCUAUUGGACAAAUUCAGGUAUGUCCCUCCCCAUUUAGUCCUGUUUGCUUCCGUUUAAGAAACGUUUUGUAACAGAACCGGCGGAAUGAAUACUCCCCUGAUCACCUGCACACAUAGUUCACUUUCACAGCAGCCACAUACAGCAUCAUCACUUUGCUCGUUCUAUAAUUCAUUCUCGCAUCUACGCGCUCUCCUUCUCUCACCUUUUUCCUUCACUUGUGGACUUCAGUUUAUAACUCAACAGCUGUCAGUGACUAGGCACAAAAACCUCUCCAAGCCAAACCUUCAUACCAAAACCACUAACCGCUACACAGCCUACAUCGUUGUCACCAUAUUAACGUUAUAGUCAUCAAACUAUAACUAACGAGUUAGUAAACCCACAAUCCAAGCCAUGUGUACAAUUACACAGUACAGUGUACAGCAAGCAGUUUAGCAGUUACCACAGCGGGCCCAGGUAGCAAUACAUUUAUAAAACCGAAAGCUUACCUUGACUUUGAAGAGUUGCAGUGUUGGAAAGCCUUAGCCAGCAAGCUAACAUAAAUAGCAUUCCUCUCUGUUUCAGUCAGGUUGUUGAGUAGGCUAAAUUAGCUGCAUUAGUUAAGUAAGUGAAAGGGGUAAAUUAAGAAUAAAAAAAAUACAACAAAAUAUAUCUCUCUGCUGCUUCUUCUUAAUUUUUUAAGAAAUGUAGUUCUUCAAAACAGUUAAACUAUUGUCUUUCUCUUUAAGUCAACUUCUCACCACACUAGCUUGUGCUUUCAGUAAUAGAUUAAUUCUCUGAUCAUUUGAUUGGAUGGACAAGAUGUUAGUUCAUACUGCAAGAACUCUGAUAGGUUGGAGGAUGUCAGAGGUGGGAUCAAUACACUAUCAUUCAAGUCUCAAUUCGAGUCCCAAGUCGAACUGGUUGAGUCUCGAGUCAAGUCCAAGUCGUGCAUUCUAAAGCAAGUCAAGUCGAGUAGAGUCACCCGUUUUUUCAAGUCAAGUCUCAAGUCAGUAAAUAAAUAGUCUAUACAUGCAAUGACUUAUUCAACUUUUUCUGUUUAAUGAGGCUACCAGACUGCACUUUUCAUUAUUUUGUCUACAACAUAUUUUGAUACAUUUCAAGCAAUUUUGACAUACCAAAAGACAAGUAAUUUCACGUAAGUAUUCAGACCCUUUAUUCAGUACUUUGUUGAAGCACCUUUGGCAGCGAUUACUGCAUAGAGUAUUCUUGGGUAUGACGCUACAAGCUACUUGUAUUUGGGGAGUUUCUCCCAUUCUUCUCUGCAGAUCCUCUCAAGCUUGGAUGGUUGGAUGGGAGCAUUGCUGCACAGCUAUUUUCAGGUCUCUUCAGAGAUGUUCGAUCCGGUUCAAGUCUGGGUUCUGGCGGGCCACUCAAGGACAUUGAGAGACUUGUUCCGAAGCCAGCCCUGCGCUGUCGUGGCUGUGUGCUUAGGGUCGUUAUCCUAUUUGAAGGGGACCUCGAGUCUAAGGUCCUGAGCUCUCUGGAGCAGAUUUUCAUCAAGGAUCUCUCUGUACUUUACUCCGUUCAUCUUUCCCUCAAUCCUGACUAGUCUCCUGCCACUGAACACCGAUUAUUUCACUUAUAAUUCACUGUAUCACAAUUCUAGUGGGUUUCAACAGCUUGGAAACUAUGUCAUGGCUUUAGAAGCUUCUGACAGGCUAAUUGACAUAAUUUGAGUCAAUUGGAGGUGUACCUGUGGAUGUAUUUCAAGGCCUACCUUCACACUCAGUGCCUCUUUGCUUGACACCAUGGGAAAAUCAAAAUAAAUCAGCAAAGACCUCAGAAGAAAAAUUGUAGACCUCCGCAAGUCUGGUUCAUCCUUGGGAGCAAUUUCCAAACACGAUAAGGUACCACAUUCAUCUGUACAAACAAUAGUAUGCAAGUAUAAACACCAUGGGACCACGCAGCCGUCAUACCGCUCAGGAAGGAGACACGUUCUGUCUCCUAGAGAUUAACGUACGUUGGAGUGAAAAGUGCAAAUCAAUCCCAGAACAACAGCAAAGGACAUUGUGAAAAUGCUGGAGGAAACAGGUACAAAAGUAUCUAUAUCCACAGUAAAACAAGUCCUAUAUUGACAUAACCCGAAAGGCCGCUCAGCAAGGAAGAAGCCACUGCUCCAAAACCGCCAUAAAAAAGCCAGUCUACGGUUUGCAACUGCACAUGGGGACAAAGUUUGUACUUUUUGGUGAAAUGUCCUCUGGUCUGAUGAAACAAAAAUAGAACUGUUUGGCCAUAAUGACCAUCGUUAUGUUUGAAGGAAAAGGGGGAGGCUUGCAUGCUAAAGAACACCAUCCCAACUGUGAAGCACGGUGGUGGCAGCAUUAUGUUUGGGGGUGCUUUGCUGCAGGAGGGACUGGUGCACUUCACAAAAUAUAUGUCAUCAUGAGGCAGGAACAUUACGUGUAUAUAUUGAAGCAACAUCUUAAGACGUCUGUCAGGAACUUCCAAAUGGCCAAUGACCCCAAUGAUACUUCCAAAAUUGUGGCAAAAUGGCUUAAGGACAACAAAGUCAAGGUAUUGGAGUGGCCAUCACAAUGCCUUGACUCCAAUCCCAUAGAAAUGUUGUGUGCAGAAAAACUGAAAAAGGAUGUGCGUGCAAGGAGGCCUACAAACCUGACUCUGUUACACCAGCUCUGUCAGGAGGAAUGGGCUAAAAUUCACCCAACUUAUUGUGGGAAGCUUGUGGAAGGCUACCCGUAACAUUUCACCCAUUUUAAACAAUUGAAAGGCAAAGCUACCACAUUUUAAUUGAGUGUAUGUAAACUUCUGACCCACUGGGAAUGUUAAGAAAAACAUAAAAGCUGAAAUAAAUAAUUCUCUCUACAAUUAUUGACAUUUCACAUUCUUAAAAUAAAGUGGUGAUCCAAACUGACCUAAAACAGGGAAUUUUUACUUAGAUUAAAUGUAUAAAAAACAGUUUAAAUGUAUUUGGCUAAGGUGUAUGUAAACUUGCGACUGUAUAUCGUUUAUUUCCUGAUCUUACUUGGUUCCAAGUGUGUUGGCCAAUCAAUCCAUAAUCUUAAUUCCAAUCCGCAGAUGUUCCCAGACUAACCUAUCUAUCAAGGCACAAGGCGAGACCCAAAACCAGACACAGAAUGCAGAUGGUUGGAAUCUUACAAUGUUUAUUGAUCCAAAGGGGUAGGCAAGAGAAUGGUCGUGGACAGGCAAAAAGGUCCAAACCAGAUCAAAAUCCAGGUGGCAGACAGGCUCGUGGUCAAGGCAGGCAGAAUGGUAAGGCAGGUGGGUAGAAAAUCCAGAAACAGGCAAGGGUCAACACUGGGAGGACUAGAAAAAGGAAAAUGCAAAUAGCAGGAGACCGGGAAAACCGCUGGUUGACUUGGAAACAUACAAGAUGAACUGACACAGAGAGACAGGAAACACAGGGAUAAAUACACCGGGGAAAACAAGUGACACCUGGAGGGGGUGGAGACAAUUACAAGGACAGGUGAAACAGAUCAGUGCGUGACACCAUCUUUCCCAGUACAAUACCAUUUGACUAUUUCCUUUUGCGAUACAUCCUUCUAUUUUACUGUGAUGUCUUAUGAGGGUCUUGAGCCUCUAUUUUUACCAUUUCUACCAAGAUUGCUCUAAAAAUAAACACUUUACCUAAGAGUAUAAUAAUAUGUCUCAUUGAUUGAUCAUGGUUUUUCAGAUCUCCUAACAGGUUUGUAUAUCCAUCUGAACACAGAUAUUAUGACUUACAACCACUUCUGGACCUGACUCCAAAAGCAAACCACAGAAGGACAGUACCAAAAUAGAUGAUCUAUUGAUUGGCAGAGUCUGCACAAGGCUGACUGUUCAAUGCCCCAUAUUCUUUUUGUGCCAAGAAUGUUAUAUAACAGUUUUAAUUGAGAAGCAUGGAUUGAUGCGUCAGUUGUUGUUUUGUAUAGCAGUUCAUAAACCCAAUGCUAUGGUACUGGGACAUAAAACAUGUUUUAUUUUAUGCGGCAUAGUUGUCAAACCUCUCAACCUUAAGUUAAACAUAUACAUUUUACGAUUUAGAGUUUAGUGACAUUAUUUGCUGUAAUAUUUGUUCUGCCUCUUCUGGAGGAUGAAAUUGGAAUUUUAACCAACUCUGUAUUGCUUCGUUUAAAAAGGAGGGUAAUUUAAACAGGGUUCCAUAGUCAAUCCACCGGAAAUGUUUGGUUUUAAUCUGUAUAUCAUCAAAAGCCCCCUUUUGAACAUUGGAAAGGCUGUAUUUCUAUUGUUGAACAUUCCAGUAAAAAGAUGCGAUUACCCCUUUUAACAUUUUAGCAGACGUUCUUAACCAGAAUGACUUACAAGAGCAAUUAGGGUUAAGUGCCUUGGUCAAGGGCACAUUAGCAGAUUUUUCACCUAGUUGGCUUGGGGGAUUUUGAGACCUUCGGUUACUGGCCCAAUGCUCUUAACUACUAGGCUACCUGCCACCCCUUACUUGGAUAAGAUUAAGGAGCGGGAAGUCACUGGAAGCUUUGUUAUAUGUUCUGAAAUUGAAGGUAGAUUGUGUAUUAUUGAAUGAUACUGUCUGUUUAUCUCUGCUUGGAUGUGUGAAUGGGUUUCUA